AUGAUUCAAGCGUCAACAGAUGACAAGCCAGAAGAGCCGAUGUUCGAUGAUAUCUUGGGUAUCCCAGAGGUCAAAUUUGUCCUCAGUUUCUGCAAUGCAGAGGAGUAUGUUGUCAAACAGGUGUACGGGAACAUAGUCGAGUUUGAGAUAGGUGAAAUGGCAAUUAACGAACUCGAGAAUGCCAGCGCCUACACAGCAUUCACCUAUAUCAAAGACAAGAUUGCGAAGGCCCAUGGCCCCGCCCACGGACAAAUUCUGCUACGUGUCGUAUGGACUUCAGCAAACUGGUUCAAGGAGGCAAAUUUGCUAUCAGAGAACGCAAAGCCAAAUUUCAUCGCUUCGACUUUGAAAGUUGUGGGUAGCAAUGCGGGCUUGAAGCGAAGCAUCUCUGUCAUGCACGAAUUCCUUGAAAACGAACAUGCUAAGAAGUUCCACCCAUUAGCCCUCAUCCAAGAUCCCUCAGAACUAAGCGUGGCUGAUAUCUACGACGCAAGUCCUCUAUCGUCUGAGAUGAUUGACAAAUACUUUGAUAAUAUUGUCUCUCGCUGGCAUCUAAACGCUAAUCAGACAGAAGCGGCGCGUUCAUUCAGUAACUCCGGGAAUGAGUUUGCACCACAAAUAAACCUAUCACUGAUGGAUCGUAUCCUGAAGCUCGGCUUCCAGGACAAUAAACUCCGAACCAUAUACCGGUCGAACCCAACAAUUGCUGCGUUUCCGAAUUCGCACACUUACAAAGAUGAAAUGGUCAGCGCUGCCAGCACUCUUCAGCUUGUAUUGAUCCCACAAUUUGCGAAGGUUUUAAGAGAGUUCAUUGGCGUGAAAUCCGACAUUGAUGUCACACUCACAGCAUUGGAUGCACCAAACACAAAGGCUUAUACGAAUCCAUCCUCUCUCUCACGCUCUAAUCCAGCAAACGUGAAGAUCAUUUCGGACCUGACUAAGAAGCUAAUCAAGGCAAAGGCUCUCAAAUUUCAUUCUUUCAUCGUCAUUACUUGUUACGCUGAACAAGAGCGCCUCAUUAAUGAGGCCAUGUUCAGGCUAGCAAAAAAUUAUGAAAUUCCAAGGAGCGAUCUGCCAACGGUGAAGCUUGCCCCAGUAAUCCAAGGCAAAGAGGCCGAUGUCGUCCUGUUCGAUACAGUGAUCGACUCGGCGGAUACAAUGGGGCAACUCGGUCUCGCACAAGGGGAGGAGCUGAUGAACGUAGUGGCCACCCGCGCCCGAUCUUGCGCCAUGAUUCUGUUCAACUCAAAAAUCAUGACCGGUGAACUUCUAACAAAAUGGCGAGAGCAAAAAGCCAUCACCGAGCGAGGGAUCAAGGAGCCGAAUCCCGCUCCGCAUCUAUUGGCUAAUCUCUCCUACUUGGGCACCGAAGGACGAGUCUAUCAGCACGAAGCGACUUCUGACCAGGAAAUUAAACCUGGACAUUAUGGCAAACCGUUCUUCACUAAAGACAAGCCGGGCGAGGAUGAAGGCGAGUCCCAAGAACCCUGGCCACCGGCAGGAGCUCCUGAAGCAAGUACCUCCACAGCUCAGGGCUUAUCGCAACCCGAAAAUUCCAUAGAUGCUAUAAUCCGUGCAGGCAGAAGCGCUGCAACUUCAGGCGAAUGGUAG